GAGUUGCCAGGAAAUAAUGAAUAAUGACAAAUGUGGAUGCACGAAAGGGAAUGGAAUAAACAACGAAAGUCCGAUCACGCUACCUUCUUCCGGUCUUCUCUAUUUCCUUACCACGACAAGGAAGCUCUUUCCUUUUUUGAUAUAAACUUGCUUCUUUCCCCUUUCCUUUCUCCAUCCUAAUCCAGGCAAUGGACCCCUCUGCCACCCCCAACGUCGACGGCCAACGGCGCGAAUUCUUUCAAAAUGUCGUCGUAAUGAGGCACGGCGACCGUAUUGACAAUUUUGAACCCCUCUGGACGACUACGGCUGCGAGGCCAUGGGACCCACCUCUAGUUGAAAAGGGUCGUGUCAGGGCAUUCCGCACCGGCAGGGACCUCAAAUCCCGUCUCGGCUUUCCGAUCCACCGCGUCUUCGUUUCCCCCUUCCUUCGUUGCGUCCAGACCGCAUCUGAGGUAGUUUCAGCUCUUUGCGCCGUCGACGAAUAUCCCGACGUCACUUGCGGCGACCGUAUAGCGAUUGAUUCCUCCAAAGUGAAGGUUUCUAUCGAGUAUGGAUUAUGUGAGAUGUUGAGUUCGCAAGCCAUUAGACAUGAUGUUGCACCCAAAGAUGGCCAUUUUGGUUUCAUCAUCUCCGAGCUUGAAGCCUUGCUACCAGCUGGGAUAGUGGAUCACACAGCACAACGAGUGUAUGAAGAGAUGCCACAGUGGGAAGAAACAGUGACAGGUACAAGAGUAAGAUAUGAACAUGUUUUCAAGGCACUUGCGGAUAAAUACCCAUCAGAAAACUUGCUGCUUGUCACUCAUGGAGAAGGAGUUGGUGUUUCAGUUUCUGCAUUCCUGAAAGAUGCAACAGUAUACGAAGUAGAGUAUUGUGCAUAUUCGGAACUUAGAAGGCGGGUUUUCCAAGAAAACCAGUCAUUUACAAGUGACGCCUUUGAGGUGCGUACUAAGAAUGGUCAGACUGGCGUCAGUUACUGCUCGUCAAUCGCUACACCCAAUGGUGGCAUAGAUGAUUCUGCAUAACAGUUUUCCAAGCUAGCACUGACUUUACAGUCACAUUACUCUGCCCAUUCUUUGGGUGCUUUUGGUUCCCUCAUCCCUCUUGUCCUUUUUAUUUUGUUUGUGCUUGUUUACACAAUAAUUCUUGUAGCGAUUCUUGAUUCACUACUAAUUGAUUGUACGAGUCAAAUAGAUCCAGGUAUUGCUUCAUUGGGAUCGUUGAAAAUUAUUCUGAAAAAUAUGAAUAAAACUAUGAUUGAACUUCAAA